AUGCUGAGUCAGUGCGGCCGGUCUCGCUCGGCGGCGCCCUCUGGCGGCGGCACCCGGACUCAUCCUGCACACACGAGGCGCACCCCCACCCGUGGUGGACCGCGGCCGGGGGGGCUUCGUGGGCAGCGGGUCGGAGGGGGAGGGCGCUUUGCUUCAGCCGGUGGGGCGGCCUUCCUUCUCAGCCGAGCGGGUCCCUCCCGGGCGCUCCGUCCGCAGGCGAAACGGGUUCUGCCCCCGCCCUGCCCCGCGAGCGCCCGCCGGCCCUCCCCGUGCAGCUUCCUCCAGCGAAGGGUCCGCGGCCGGUCCUGGCCGGCGGGGCUGCGGGCGGGCGGCAGUCCGGGGAAGCCCGGGAAGGGAGGCGGGGGCGGAGGGGGCUUCCCGCGCCCCCCGUCGGUCUGCCGGGGAUCCCCCCGCCCCUCCGCGGCCGCCGCGCCCAAUCAGCGCCCGCCCCCGGCGCCGCCGCCCCGCCCCGUUCCUGCCCGGCCGCCCGUCUGCUGCGCUGCCGGAGGUGCGGAGGGGCCCGGGAGCAGCGCCUGCGGCCCCCCGACGCCCUGCUUCCUCCUCCCGGCCGGCGGCUCCAUGGGCGCCCCCGGGCUCUGCGACGGGCCCGCCGGCUCCGCCACCUUCUGGGACUGGAACCUGACGUGGUACACGCAGCAGCCGGACUUCACACCCUGCUUCCAGAACACAGUCCUCGCAUGGACCCCCUGCCUUUACCUCUGGUUGAGCUUCCCCAUCUACUUCGCCUACCUCCGCUGCCAUGACCGCGGCUACAUUCAAAUGUCUCACCUCAACAAAGCCAAAACGACUUUGGGCCUCUUCCUGUGGCUCGUCUGCUGGACAGACCUUUUCUACUCUUUCUGGGAAAGAAAUCACCACAUUGUACGAGCUCCAGUUUUUUUAAUUAGCCCUACCAUUUUGGGCAUAACAAUGCUCCUUGCCACAUUUUUGAUACAGUACGAGAGGAUCAAAGGAGCCCAGUCCUCGGGAGUGAUGCUCCUUUUCUGGCUGAUUGCAUUCCUGUGUGCGAUCAUCAUAUUCAGAUCCAAAACCAUGCAGGCCUUGUGCCCGGAUGUGGAAAUAGAUGUCUUUCGCUAUACCACUUUCUACAUCUACUUCGCUUUGGUGCUAAUUCAGCUUAUUCUGUCCUGUUUCCCAGAACGUCCACCUUUAUUUUCCGAAAACAUUCGUGGCCCAAAUCCCUGCCCGGAGUCCGGGGCUUCCUUCCUCUCCAAGAUCACGUUUUGGUGGAUUUCAGGGCUGAUGAUUCACGGAUACCGGCAGCCGCUGGAAGCCAAAGAUUUAUGGUCUCUGAACAAGGAAGACACGUCGGAGCAGGUGGUGCCCGGCUUGGCUGCCCACUGGGCCCGGGAGUACGCCUGGGCCAGGAAGGUUCUGAGCCCCAUGCGCUACUCACCCAAGAAGCCAGCCAAAGGGAGCGGCUCCAGCUCGGAUGUGGCAGAAGAGGCCGAGGCCCUGAUCCUCGGGCCACCCACCAGGAGCAGGGAGCCCUCGCUCUCCCGGGUGCUCUACAAGACCUUCGGCCCCUAUUUCCUGAUGAGCUUCCUCUUCAAGGCCUUCCACGAUCUGAUGAUGUUCACAGGACCCGAGCUCUUGAAGUUGCUCAUUAACUUCGUAAACGACAAGAGUGCCCCCAGCUGGCAGGGCUUCCUCUACACCGGCCUCCUCUUCUUCACAGCCGGCCUGCAGACGCUGGUCCUGCACCAGUACUUCCACAUCUGCUUUGUGACGGGGAUGAGGCUCAAGACGGCCGUCAUCGGGGCCAUCUACCGAAAGGCCCUGGUCAUCUCCAACUCUGCACGGAAGACGUCCACGGUGGGGGAGAUAGUCAACCUGAUGUCAGUGGAUGCCCAGCGCUUCAUGGACCUGGCAACCUACAUCAACAUGGUGUGGUCGGCCCCCUUCCAAGUGAUGCUGGCUCUCUACUUGCUGUGGCAGAAUCUAGGCCCUUCCGUCUUGGCUGGUGUGGCGGUCAUGCUGCUCCUGGUGCCCGUGAAUGCUGUGAUAGCGAUGAAGACUAAGACCUACCAGGUGGCUCACAUGAAGAGCAAGGACAGCCGCAUCAAGCUGAUGAACGAGAUCCUCAACGGGAUCCGAGUGCUGAAGCUCUACGCCUGGGAGCUGGCUUUCAAGCGGAAAGUGCUGGAGAUCCGGCAGGAGGAGCUGAAGGUCCUCAAGAAAUCGGCCUACCUGGCGGCCAUCGGCACCUUCACCUGGGUCUGCGCCCCGUUCCUGGUUGCUUUGUCCACCUUCGCGGUUUAUGUGUCCAUUUCGGAAAACAACAUCCUGGAUGCCCAGAAGGCCUUUGUAUCCCUGGCGUUGUUCAACAUUCUCCGCUUCCCCCUCAACAUCCUUCCGAUGGUGGUCAGCAGCAUCGUGCAAGCCAGUGUGUCCCUGAAGCGCCUCCGGGUAUUCCUGUCCCAUGAAGAGCUGGAUCCCGACAGUGUCAUCCGAGGAAACCUCAGGAAUGCGGGCAGCAACAGCAUCAGCGUGAGGAGCGCCUCCUUCAGCUGGUCACGGACAGAGCCCCCCGUGUUGAACAGCAUCAACUUAGCCAUCCAGGACUCUUCCCUGGUGGCCGUGGUGGGCCAGGUCGGGUGCGGCAAAUCCUCCCUUCUGUCGGCUCUUCUAGGAGAAAUGGAGAAGCAGGAGGGGCACGUCUCUCUCAGGGGCUCCGUGGCUUUCGUCCCCCAGCAAGCCUGGAUCCAGAAUGCAACCUUGAUGGAGAACAUUCUCUUUGGGCGGGAGCUGAACGGGAGGCACUACCAGCGGGUGGUCGAGGCCUGCGCAUUGCUGCCGGACUUGGAGCUUUUCCCUUCGGGAGACCAGACGGAGAUUGGAGAGAAGGGGGUGAACCUGUCAGGCGGCCAGAAGCAGAGGGUCAGCCUGGCCCGGGCCGUCUAUGCCGACACUGACAUUUACUUGCUGGAUGACCCCUUGUCGGCCGUGGAUGCCCACGUUGGGAAGCACAUUUUUGACAAAGUCAUCGGGCCGAAGGGCCUCCUGAAAAACAAAACUCGGAUUCUGGUGACGCACGGGGUCAGCUACCUGCCGCUGAUGGACACCAUUGUAGUGCUUUCUGAAGGCAAAAUAUCGGAGAUGGGGUCGUACCAAGAGCUGCUGAAGCAAGACCGGGCCUUCGCGGAGUUCCUGCGCACGUACGCUGGGGCAGAUCACAAUGUGGCUGGCGAAGAGACCCCUGGUCUGGUCACAAAGGAAGAGAAGCUGCUGGAGAAUGGGGUCCUCGCCAGUGAAAACUCAGUCCAAGUGAGGAGGCAGCUGAGCCACUCCUCAACCUACAGCAGCGACACGGAGAAGUCCCUGGUGCAGAACAGCCUGGCCCAGACUCAGAAGGCGCCGGACGGGAAGAACGCCUGGAAAUUAACCGAAGCGGACACUGCCCAGACGGGGAAAGUGAAGACGACCGUCUACUGGGAGUACAUGAAAGCCAUUGGGCUGGGUAUUUCCUUCCUGAGCAUCUUCCUCUUCCUCUGCAAUCACGUGGCGUCCCUGGCCUCCAACUACUGGCUCAGUUUGUGGACUGAUGACCCCGUCCUCAACGGGACACAACAGCACACCAACAUGCGCCUAGGGGUGUAUGGCGCCCUGGGAAUCUCUCAAGGCGUGGCAGUGUUUGGCUACUCCAUGGCAGUUUCCGUGGGGGGGAUUUUUGCUUCUCGCCGCCUCCACCUCAACCUGCUGCACAACGUCCUGCGGUGCCCGGUGAGCUUCUUUGAGCAGACGCCCAGUGGGAACCUAGUCAACCGCUUCUCCAAGGAGAUGGACAUCAUCGACUCCACCCUGCCUCAGGUCAUCAAGAUGUUCAUGGGCUCGCUCUUCAAUGUCCUGGGCGCCUGCGUCAUCAUCCUGCUGGCCACGCCAAUUGCGGCCAUGGUCAUUCCCCCGCUGGGACUCAUCUAUUUCUUUGUGCAGCGCUUCUAUGUUGCCACCUCGCGCCAACUGAAGCGCCUGGAGUCAGUCAGCCGCUCUCCAGUCUACUCACACUUCAACGAGACCCUCCUGGGCGUCAGCGUCAUCCGCGCCUUCGGAGAGCAGAAACGGUUCAUCAGGCAGAGUGACCUGAAAGUGGACGAAAACCAGAAGGCCUACUAUCCCAGCAUCGUGGCCAACCGGUGGCUGGCCGUCCGGCUGGAGUCGGUAGGCAACUGCAUUGUCCUUUUCGCAGCCCUGUUUGCUGUCAUUGCUCGCCACAGCCUGAGUGCAGGGCUGGUGGGCCUGUCCAUCUCCUACUCGCUGCAGAUCACCACCUAUUUAAACUGGCUGGUCCGAAUGUCCUCCGAGAUGGAGACCAACAUUGUAGCUGUGGAAAGAGUCAAGGAAUAUUCGGAGAAGGAAAAAGAGGCUGAGUGGACCUCUGAGCUAGCGGCUGCCCCUCCCGGCUGGCCUCAGGAAGGGCAGGUGGAGUUCCGGGGCUACAGCCUUCGCUACCGGAGCGAUAUGGACCCUGUGCUGUGGGAUAUCUCCAUCGUGGUACACGGUGGGGAGAAAGUGGGCAUCGUUGGAAGGACCGGGGCCGGGAAGUCCUCUCUGAUGCUCGGCUUGUUUCGGAUCAAAGAGGCAGCAGAAGGAGAGAUCCUCAUUGACGGGGUUAACAUUGCCAAAAUCGGGCUCCAUGACCUUCGCUUCAAGAUCACCAUCAUCCCUCAGGAUCCCAUCCUGUUUUCUGGCUCCUUGCGCAUGAAUCUGGACCCCUUUGACCAGUACUCUGAUGAUGAUGUCUGGAGGUCGUUGGAGCUUGCUCACCUGAAAGCCUUCGUCUCCUCCCUUCCUGAUAAGCUCUUCCACGAGUGUUCAGAGGGUGGAGAAAACCUCAGCGUGGGUCAGCGGCAGCUGGUGUGUCUUGCUCGGGCCCUGCUGCGGAAAUCCAAAAUCCUGGUUUUGGACGAAGCCACCGCCGCAGUAGACCUCGAGACGGAUAGCCUCAUCCAGUCGACGAUCCGGACUCAGUUUGAGGGUUGCACGGUCCUGACCAUUGCGCAUCGCUUGAACACCAUCAUGGACUACACACGGGUGAUCGUCCUGGAGAAAGGCAGAAUCGUGGAGUGCGGAGCUCCUGCUGACCUCAUCGAGAGCAGAGGUGUCUUCUGCAACAUGGCCAAAGAUGCCGGCUUGGUUUGACCAGGUGAAGUCGGCCUCCACACACACACACACACACACACGCCCAGGGAAAAGCACAGGCAGGCUUUUUUUGCACAAAGAGCCGGCACCUGGACGGUAGAACAGCUGCUUCCUCUUCCUCCUCUUCCUCCCUCGAGAGGAGGAGCACAGCAGCUUGAGGCGCAGAAGGGGCUCUCCUGACUUGAAGGACCAUCUUGCUGGAAUUUCCGACUGCACCAAAAAAAUCUAUAUUUGUCAUGUCCCAACAAUAUUUUACCUUAUUCUGGUGAUGGGAGAAAGGAUCCAGAGAAGCGGCUGCAGGACAUUCAGAAGGGGGCCUUUCGGUUUUCUAACGGCUUCCUUCAAGAGUUGCAGAAAGUCAGAUGCUGUUAAGAUGCAGGAGAGCAAAGCUGCUGUUUCCCCCUUAGGGCAGGUUCAGCCCCAGCUGCCUCCGUAGCUCUCCUGGUGCUGCCUUGUCACAUUUUAAGUGAAGGAAAGCCCUCUGCCAGCUUUGAAUAAUGUGGACCUUUUUUUUUAAGGGAAAACACCCUAGAUAUCUCUUUUCAUAGAAGAUAAUUAUUUAAUUUUUGUAAAUAAAUUUCUCUAAAGUUGAGCAGACUGAAAUUUUUUUGGUACUUUUGUAAUAAAUUGCUUUUGGUUGGA